AUGGCCCAGAAAGAAGAGACCGCUGCGGCCGCGGCGCCUACCUCGCAGGAUGGCGAGGAUCUGGAGAACCUGGAGGACCCCAAGAAGCUGACGGAACUGGUGGAGCUGCCGCCCUUUGAGAUCGUCACAGGGGAGCGGCUGCCUGCCAACUUCUUUAAGUUUCAGUUCCGGAAUGUGGAGUACAGCUCCGGGCGGAACAAGACCUUCCUCUGCUAUGUGGUUGAAGCGCAGAGCAAGGGAGGCCAACUGCAGGCCUCGCGGGGAUACCUAGAGGACGAGCACGCCGCCGCCCACGCGGAGGAAGCCUUCUUCAACACCAUCAUGCCAGCCUUCGACCCAGCCCUGCGCUACCUGGUCACCUGGUACGUGUCCUCCAGCCCCUGCGCAGCUUGCGCUGACCGCAUCGUCAGGACCCUCAACAAGACCAAGAACCUGCGCCUGCUCCUCCUGGUAGGGCGGCUCUUCAUGUGGGAGGAGCCUGAGAUCCAGGCAGCUCUCAGGAAGCUGAAGGAGGCUGGCUGCAAACUGCGCAUCAUGAAGCCCCAAGACUUCGAGUACGUCUGGCAGAAUUUCGUGGAGCAAGAAGAGGGUGAAUCCAAGGCCUUUGAGCCCUGGGAGGACAUUCAGGAGAACUUCCUGUACUAUGAAGAGAAGUUGGCUGACAUCCUGAAGUAG